AUGGGUGCUCAACCUGGUUUGUUUUUCCUGGUUCUCGCGGCCAUCUGCGCCACGAUAAACGCGAUUCCCACCAUCUCAGCGGUCGGUUCCAAGUUCUUCACGAGCGAUGGCAACCAAUUUUACAUCAAAGGUGUUGCCUACCAGUUGGUUGAAGACGAUCCCCUUGUGAACACCACCCAAUGCACACUCGAUGCCGCGCUCAUGCAGCAGUUGGGCGCCAACACCAUUCGUGUAUACCAUGUGGACGCGUCUGCGGAUCAUUCGGGUUGCAUGAACGCUUUCGCUGCUGUUGGGAUCUAUCUGUUUGUGGACAUGGACAGCUUCACCACAUACAUUCGAUACGACACUGACUCGUCGUGGACCGCGAACAAAUCAGCAUCGUACAGAGCUGUUAUGGACAACUUUCAACAAUACGACAACACCGCUGGGUUUUUCGUGGGCAACGAGGUGCUCAAUACUUUGGCUGAUUCUGGCGCUGCCCCGUAUCUUCUCUCUGCUGCUGCCGACCUCAAGGGUUAUCAAGAUGCCAAAGGCUACCGCAAGAUUCCCAUCGGCUACUCGGCAACCGACACUGCCGUUCUUCGGCCUAUGCUCCAGGACUACUUGGUGUGCCGUCCUAAUGUGACAGAACGCCUGGACUUCUAUGCAUUGAACAGCUACGAGUGGUGCGGAUCCACACCGACUUUUCAGACUUCAGGAUACGUUGAACUGCAGGCGCUUGCCGAGAAUUACCCGGUUCCCAUUUUCUUCUCGGAGGACGGCUGCAAUACCGUGCCGCCACGGACGUUCGACGAUCAGGCUGCAAUCUUUGGCCCGCAGAUGGUCGACACCUGGUCCGGGGCCAUCAUCUACGAGUGGAUUCAGGAGACGAACGAUUACGGACUCGUCUCGUAUGGUCCGCAGGUCGGAGCAGACGUCAACGACGGGUCGAUUAUUGUGCAAGGAUUCACGCGCCAAGGAGUGCCGACCCCGAUUUCGCCGGAUUUCACCAACCUUCAACAACAAUGGAAGACGCUGACCCCGACCGGUGUGAGUUCUGCUCAAUAUGCGGCGACGGUUUCGACGACGGUGCCGGCUUGCCCAAGCUCGACCGCAGGAGGAUGGACAGUGGACCCUAGCGCGCCUCUUCCCACGAUUGGAGUUGGAGCCGUCUCAGCAGGUAUGCCAAGCGACGUGCCGAAGGGCAGCAUCACAGUGACCCCUUCUGCCGCCGGGACCCCUUCACCUUCUACUUCGCUCUCUGUUUCUGCUUCUUCCACGUUGCCGUCGGUUUCGACUUCGCAGGUCAGUAGUACUUACAGAUCGACAGUCACCCCGUCGUCAAUUAGCUCCAAGGCCAGCAGCACGGCAUCGGGCAGCGCUGCUGCUGGUGCCGCCAGUGCGACGACCUCUAAAGGAGCUGCUGGCAGAAGCGUUUCCGGACCUCCCUCGUUCACGGGUGUUGGAUUUGUGGGCAUGGUGCUUAGCUUGGCGACAGUAGGCGCCGGCGUGAUGGUUUGGCUGUGA